AUACCAGGCGGGAGGGCGGGCAGGCGGUUUGUAUCCGGGCUGUGAGGUGCUCGGAGCCGCCGCGGACCUUGCUGUUGCCUCUGUCUCUUUAACGCGAGAGGAAGCGAUGCGGAGGGGUGGAAAAUGGCAGAGCUGCAGAUGUUACUAGAGGAGGAAAUCCCGUCCGGCAAGAGGGCGCUGAUUGAGAGUUACCAGAACCUGACCCGAGUAGCGGACUACUGUGAAAACAACUACAUACAGGCUACAGACAAGAGAAAAGCUUUAGAAGAGACCAAAGCCUAUACAACCCAAUCCCUAGCUAGUGUCGCUUAUCAGAUAAAUACGUUGGCUAACAAUGUGCUCCAACUGCUGGACAUCCAGGCCUCUCAGCUCCGGAGAAUGGAGUCCUCCAUCAAUCACAUCUCACAGACUGUGGACAUUCAUAAAGAGAAAGUGGCUCGAAGAGAGAUUGGUAUUUUGACGACAAAUAAGAAUACAUCAAGAACUCACAAAAUAAUAGCACCUGCGAACAUGGAGCGACCUGUAAGGUAUAUUCGGAAACCUAUUGACUAUACGGUUCUGGAUGAUGUGGGCCACGGUGUCAAGCAUGGAAAUAACCAGCCUGCAAGAACUGGCACACUGUCGAGAACAAAUCCUCCUACUCAGAAACCACCGAGUCCUCCCAUGUCAGGCCGGGGAACGCUGGGACGAAAUACUCCUUACAAAACCCUUGAGCCUGUUAAACCUCCAACAGUUCCUAAUGACUACAUGACAAGCCCUGCGAGGCUGGGAAGUCAGCAUAGUCCAGGCAGGACGGCUUCUUUAAAUCAGAGACCGAGGACACACAGUGGAAGCAGUGGAGGAAGCGGCAGCCGAGAGAACAGUGGCAGCAGCAGUAUUGGCAUCCCCAUCGCCGUGCCUACACCCUCGCCACCCACCAUUGGGCCAGUUGCUGAUAGUCCAACUCCACCUCCACCACCUCCACCAGAUGACAUCCCCUUGUUUGACGACUCGCCACCUCCGCCACCUCCACCACCAGUGGAUUAUGAAGAUGAGGAGGCCGCGGUAGUUCAGUAUAACGACCCAUACGCAGAUGGGGAUCCUGCUUGGGCCCCCAAGAAUUAAAUUGAGAAAGUUGUGGCAAUAUACGAUUAUACAAAAGACAAGGAUGAUGAGCUGUCAUUUAUGGAGGGUGCAAUCAUCUAUGUAAUAAAGAAAAACGACGAUGGCUGGUAUGAAGGAGUCUGCAAUCGAGUGACUGGUCUGUUCCCAGGAAACUAUGUGGAGUCAAUCAUGCACUAUACUGAUUAAAUUUUUGCUUUUAAAGUAGGUUCUUAUUAUCACUCAGUCAUACUGUGGGACUAUUAUGGUUAACAGAAUUGUCUUAAAAUGUUUUAAAAUGUGCCCAUAUUUUCAGAACAUGCUGUUUUAUUGGUAUAAUUGAAUGUCUACCUGUAAGCAUAAAUCUCUGAGGCAGUUUGCGGAUUGCUGAACAGCAUUCUGCACGAGGCUGCCUGUCACGGACUGUGCUCACGUCCUUCCUUAUGCAUUGUUAACCUGAUGACCAGCCUAAACGCUCUGGGGGUGUGGGAUCUGCCUGACAGAUGGUGACUCAGAUCGCGCCAUCACGUGUCAGUGCAGCACGGUCACUAACGCUCUGUCAGACUAAUGCUGAAAAUCAGAAACUUAAACGCUGGUGCUGGUCAUACUUUUUGUGUAGACGCGCUCAUUCUUGAAAUAUACUGUUUGUUUAAAGCAUGCAUACAAAUUUAUGUAUUGAAAUAUACUUUUAAAAAAUCCAA